UCUCGGCUCGGCUCGGCUCGGCUCGGCUCGGCUCGGCUCGGCUCGGCUAGGCCUUGCCCCGGCCCCGCGCGGCUGAUGGGCGGGGAGCAGCUCGCGCCAUGGAUCUGCGCACGGCCGUGUACAACGCCGCGCGCGACGGCAAGCUGCAGCUGCUGCAGAAGCUGCUGAGCGGCCGCAGCCGGGAGGAGCUGGACGAGCUGACCGGGGAGCCGGCGGCUGGAGCGGCGGGGGCGGCGGCUGGGGGCCCAGCCGCCGGGGGCACCCCGCUGCUCAUCGCCGCCCGCUAUGGCCACUUGGACGUAGUGGAGUACCUGGUGGACCGCUGUGGCGCCAGUGUAGAGGCUGGCGGGUCUGUGCACUUCGACGGCGAGACUAUCGAGGGCGCGCCGCCACUAUGGGCUGCCUCAGCCGCCGGGCACCUGGGAGUAGUGCAGAGCCUGCUGCGGCGUGGGGCCUCAGUGAACCGCACCACCCGCACCAACUCCACACCUCUGCGAGCCGCCUGCUUCGAUGGGCACCUGGAUGUGGUGCGCUACCUGGUGGGCGAGCACCAGGCCGACCUGGAGGUGGCCAACCGCCACGGGCAUACGUGCCUCAUGAUUUCCUGCUACAAGGGCCAUCGCGAGAUUGCCCGCUACCUGCUGGAGCAAGGUGCGCAGGUGAACCGCCGCAGCGCUAAAGGCAACACUGCGCUUCAUGAUUGCGCUGAAUCCGGAAGCCUGGAGAUCCUGCAGCUGCUUCUGGGAUGCAAGGCACGCAUGGAGCGUGAUGGCUAUGGCAUGACACCACUGCUGGCGGCCAGCGUCACAGGCCACACCAACAUUGUAGAGUACCUCAUCCAGGAGCAGCCCGCCCCUGAAGUCCAAGUCCAACCCAAGCUGCUGCAGCGGGAGGAAGAAGAAGAGGAAUCCGCUGCCGCCGCUGCUGGACCCAGCACCAGCAGUGGUGCAGAGGAGGCCCAGUCACCAGAGCCUUAUGAGAGCUGCUGCCCCACCAGCCGAGAAGCUGCUGUGGAGGCUUUGGAGUUGCUUGGGGCCACCUUCGUAGACAAAAAGAGGGACCUGCUAGGUGCCCUCAAGUACUGGAGGAGGGCCAUGGAGCUGCGGCACCAGGGGGGCGAAUAUCUGCCCAAGCCCCAGCCCCAACAGCUAGUCCUGGCUUAUGAUUACUCCAGGGAAGUGAAUACCCCAGAAGAAUUGGAAGCCCUUAUUACCGACCCAGAUGAGGUGAGGAUGCAGGCCUUGUUGAUCCGGGAGCGCAUCCUGGGACCCUCCCACCCAGACACUUCCUACUACAUUCGCUACAGAGGGGCAGUAUAUGCAGACUCCGGCAACUUUGAAAGGUGCAUUCAUUUGUGGAAGUAUGCCCUAGACAUGCAACAGAACAACCUAGAACCUCUGAGCCCCAUGACAGCUAGCAGUUUCCUCUCUUUUGCAGAACUCUUCUCCUAUGUGCUGCAGGACCGAACCACCAAGGGCAGUCUGGGCACCCAAAUUGGCUUCGCUGACCUCAUGGGUGUGCUUAGUAAAGGAGUACGAGAAGUAGAGAGGGCGUUGCAGCACCCCAAAGACCCUGGUGACUCCUCACAGUUCACCAAAGCCCUAGCUAUUAUCCUCCACCUAAUAUAUCUUUUGGAAAAAGUGGAAUGUACCCCAGAACAAGAGCACCUCAAACGUCAGACUGUCUACAGGCUUCUCAAAUGUAGUCCCCGGGGCAAGAAUGGUUUUACCCCUUUGCAUAUGGCUGUGGACAAGGACACAACUGCUGUGGGCCGCUACCCAGUGGGCAAGUUUCCUUCUCUGCACGUGGUGAAUGUGUUAUUAGAAUGUGGGGCUGACCCAGACAGCAGGGACUUUGACAACAACACCCCAUUGCACAUAGCUGCCCAAAACAACUGCCCUCUGAUCAUGAGUGCCCUGAUGGAGGCUGGUGCCCACAUGGAUGCAACUAAUGCCUUCAAGAAAACUGCCUAUGAACUGCUGGAUGAAAAGCUGCUCAGCAAGAGCACCAUGCAGCCCUUCAACUAUAUUACCCUCCAGUGCCUUGCAGCCCGUGCCCUAGACAAGCACAAGGUCCCAUACAAGGGCUUCAUCCCUGAAGAACUGGAGGCUUUCAUUGAACUGCACUGAAUGGGGGGAGGGCGCCCCUCACCAUCCCUCCUUGCUCAGUCAUCCUCAGAGGAGAGGGAAGUACCAAGGCUUUGUAGCACCUUAUAUUUCCCACCUUUCCAGAUAGUGUGGGAUGGCUUCUGGUGAAACGUGCCUCAGGGGCGGGAUCUAGAGCUUCCAUAUUCCCCAUUGACUACUCCUUUGAGUGAGAAAUCCAGAGUCAGUACACCAUAAAGGCCUUCAGGGGAGUGCACCAGAAGAGCUGCCUUCCCUUGAACAACCCACUUAUUGAUAGAAGGGAGAAAGUCAUGCAAGUUCUUUUAUGAAUUCUGUCCUCCUAAGUGCUGGGAGACUUUCAUUGACCUUACCCUAGGGGCAGAGGGAUGAAAGCUAUUGCCUUCCUCACCUACUGACAGAGAAGCAGGAAGUGGUAUACUCCCCUCUUCCCCUUGGAUGCCAGAUGAACUCAGCUGACGGUGUUCUUGAAUAGCUAUCUCCUGACCGAUGGGUUGCAGCUUUGGAGCAAGUUUGCAAUUCAAGAAGCAAGGCGAUUUCUUCCAGUCUGUCCCCAAAUACUCUGUGUUGUUCUAGUUACCAUAGAGUGGGAGUCAGCUGGAGCCCAGUAGAACUGGCCACCAUUUAACACAGCUUUCAUUUGGUUUGGUUUUUAUUUUUCAAGUGGCCAGCCUGCAAGUGUUGUGCAGAAGUCCUAAGAUUUUGCUGCCUGUUUGUGAAGCUGGAUUUCUGUGGUUCCCCCCUACAUCCCCAUCCUCACUGACAGAUCCGUUUAGUUUAAAGCAGUAUUUGUUUUGCAGUCCUUGGAAUGGGCAAUGCAGGUCAAAAUGGUAUGUGGAGAAUUGUGUGUGCUUUACAUUUAAGAUGGAAGUCUGUGGCUUCAAUCCAUAAAGCUGUAAUAGGACAAUUCCAUUUUGAAAACCUCACUUCUACUCUUUGCACAUGAACCUCCCAGUUCCUCCACUCUCAGUAGGAGAUCCCCUAACUCUUGCUUAGAAACCAUGAACAGGGUCUAUGCUAAAGGAGCUGUGUUCAACACUAGUUCUCUGAUCCAGAAAUAGCCACCAAAACUUCAUUUCCAUGUUAAAGCCAGAGAACAUUAUUUCCCACCCAGUGUCACAGUCUCCAUGCCCAUUUUGUAAUUUAAUUGAUAGACUCGGUGAUUUGGGAGCCAUAAUUGUUUUAAAAGCCAUCUUCCAAAGCUGAUCCCAUGAACAAGGUCCCAUAUAUGGCAAAAGUUUAAUAAAAUGCAAUUAGAAUGUGAUUAUUAGGCCAACAGCCCGUGACAGGCUUUAAACUAGAGUUUACAGAAAGCUCUGUUUCCCAUAGCCCAGGGUUAAGUGCUGGCCAAGAGCAGGUGGUCCUGGAAAAACAUGCCAUCAUAGCAGUUUUUCUCAGGACAGAUGACUGACUACAUGGGCUUUGGCAGGCAGCAAAGAGAUUUUCGGCCCUGCCAAAGUGAAAGUCUAGCAGAAAAGGUUAAACAGCUGCCCUCUUCAUUUUUGGAGAAAGGUCACGCUCAGGAAAGUGAAGUUUUGACACUAAUAUACUGUACUGCAUAUGCUAAAAGCCACCACUAGAUUAGUGUUUGCAGGCCACCAAAGACCAGGAUGUUGAUAAUCUGAUGCCCUCCCCCUUUAAGGAAAUUAGGUCUGUCAUAUUAGUUUUGCGGUGUUAAACUAUAAAAUGAUUUAUUUAUAAGACAGCUUAACGUCUAUCAAGGUGGAAAAUGCAGUUAAUGUUCUCACUGGAAUGCAGAAUAAACUAAAAAAAAAAAAUAAGCUUGUUUAAUGUGUGAGCCUAAGCUCCUCUAUUUAAAUAAUUAAAAAGAAAAGGCAUUAGA